GAUCGCGCAGCUCCGCGCCAGCGGCUCGCCCCGCCGUCAGCUCUGCCUCCCGCCCGGCUCGGCUCGCCCCGCCGUCAGCUCUGCCUCCCGCACGGCUCGGCUCGCCCCGCCGUCGGCUCUGCCUCCCGCCCGGCUCGGCUCGCCCCGCCGCCGGCUCUGCCUCCCGCACGGCGCAGCUCGCUCCGCCGCCGGCUCUGCCCCUGCGCCCGCCCCGCACCGUAACGGGCUCGCCCUCCCCGCCAGCUCUGCCCGCCUGCCGCCCCGCACGGCGCAGCUCGCCCCGCCCCGCACGGCUCUCUCCGCACGGCUCAGCCACUGCGUAGAGCAGAGCUCGCCCCGCCGCCGGCUCUGCCUCCCGCCCGGCUCAGUCGCUGCGCAGGGCGCAGCUCGCCCCGCACGGCGCAGCCCGCCCGCCGGCGCUAUGGCCACCUAAGACCCGCCGCAACUUUUGCUCCUCUCCGGUCCCCGCUCGCUCCGGUGGAAGAUGGCAGCUGGGGCAGCGGCUCGGAGUUGCAGCCCGCGAGCCAAGAGAUAAGGCGGCGGCGCGGGGAGAUUCACCUCACUUCUGGAAGAACCUCAAAAUCUGAAUAACUUCUGCCACAGUUUGUCAACAAUUUUCCAUUCCAUCAAGAGCAAUGAGCUCCACAACACCAGAUGGGGUUUCUGGACGUGAACAGCUCUUGGCUCAGCAACGAAUGCACAGUAUGAUCAGCUCAGUGGAUGUAAAGUCAGAGGUUCCCGUGGGAUUAGAGCCUAUCACACCAUUAGACUUACGAACUGAUCUCAGGAUGAUGGUUCCCAUGGUGGACCCAAUUAUGCGUGAAAAGCAGCUUCAGCAGGAACUACUUCUGAUCCAGCAGCAGCAGCAAAUUCAGAAACAACUGCUGAUUGCAGAGUUUCAAAAGCAGCAUGAAAACCUGACCCGACAGCAUCAGGCCCAGCUCCAGGAACACAUAAAGUUACAACAGGAACUCCUAGCUAUUAAGCAACAGCAAGAACUCCUUGAAAAAGAGCAGAAACUGGAGCAGCAGAGACAAGAGCAGGAACUGGAGAGGCAUCGCAGGGAACAACAGCUUCCUCCUCUCCGAGGCAAAGAAAGAGGCCGAGAAAGGGCAGUGGCCAGUACAGAAGUGAAGCAGAAACUUCAAGAGUUCCUGUUGAGUAAAUCGGCAACAAAAGACUCUCCAGCAAAUGGGAAGAAUCAUUCCGUGAGCCGCCACCCCAAGCUCUGGUACACGGCUGCCCACCAUACCUCACUGGAUCAAAGCUCUCCACCCCUGAGUGGGGCCUCACCACCAUACAAAUACACUUUACCAGGAGCGCAAGAUGCCAAGGAUGAUUUUCCACUUCGUAAAACAGCUUCAGAGCCCAAUUUGAAAGUACGUUCACGGUUAAAACAGAAGGUGGCAGAAAGGAGAAGCAGUCCUUUACUCAGGAGGAAGGAUGGAAAUGUUGUCAGCUCAUUCAAGAAGCGACUGUUUGAGGUGACAGAAUCCUCGGUCAGUAGCAGCUCCCCUGGAUCAGGUCCCAGUUCCCCAAGCAAUGGUCCGACCAGCAGUAUAACAGAAAAUGAAACCCCGGUUUUUCCAUCUAACAUUCAAGCUGAGCAUCUGGUUUCACAGCAACGCCUUUUGAUACAGGAUGAAUCGGUGAACUUGUUGAGUCUGUACACAUCCCCUUCUCUGCCCAACAUUACCUUGGGACUUCCAGCAGUACAACCUCAAAUCAGUGGAGUCAGGGACUGCUCCAGGAAAAGUAAUAGCUUCCCACUACUACAGGCUUCAUCGUCAUUCAAAGAAAAGCAGAAGGGCGAGACCCAGUCGCUCAGACAAGGAGUGGCCUUGGCUGGACAGUAUGGGGGGAACAUUCCUUCAUCCUCAACUCAUCCUCACGUUGCUUUGGAGGGAAAGCCAAAUAGCAGCCACCAAGCUCUCUUGCAGCAUCUGUUACUGAAAGAACAAAUGAGACAGCAAAAACUGCUUGUGACUGGAGCGGUUCCUCUUCAUCCACAAUCUCCUUUAGCAGCAAAGGAGAGAGUCUCACCUGGCAUAAGAGCUGCUCACAAACUGCCUCGUCACAGGCCACUGAAUCGAACCCAGUCAGCUCCUCUUCCUCAGAGUACUUUGGCUCAGCUGGUCAUCCAGCAGCAGCAUCAACAGUUUUUGGAGAAGCAGAAACAAUACCAGCAGCAGAUCCACAUGAAUAAGAUGCUUUCUAAAUCCAUUGAGCAGCUCAAGCAGCCUGGAAGCCACCUGGAGGAAGCUGAAGAAGAGCUUCACGGAGAUCAAUCAAUGCAGGAAGAGCGACCUUCUGCGAGCGGUGCCAGCGUUAGGGCUGAGAGCAGCAGUGCUGGUGUGGAUGACAGAAUAGGACAGCAGGUGGGGGCUGUGAAAGUCAAAGAGGAGCCACCGGACAGUGAUGAGGAUGUUCAAACCCAGCAAAUGGAAUCUGGGGAGCAAGCUGCUUUUAUGCAACAGGAGUUCCCUGCGCAUCAGCGUGUCCACCAGUUGCAAAUCUACCAGGCUCAGAUGGCUACAGUUGGCAUGGCAGGAUUAGAUAAACAUCGGCCGGUGUCCAGGACCCCAUCUUCCCCCACUGAUUCCACAUUACCUCACCCAGCCGUGGACCAGCCCAGCCAGCUUGUCUACACGACUGGUGUUGUGUAUGACAGUCUGAUGCUGAAGCACCAGUGUAUGUGUGGCAACUAUACUAAUCACCCUGAACAUGCUGGAAGGAUCCAAAGCAUCUGGUCAAGGCUGCAAGAAACUGGGUUGCUAAACAAGUGUGAGCGAAUUCGAGGUCGAAAAGCCAGUCUGGAGGAAAUACAGCUGGUUCACUCUGAACAUCAUUCACUGUUGUAUGGCACCAGCCCCCUGAACAGACAGAAGCUGGACCCCAGGAAACUCCUAGGAAAUGUGACUCAAAAACUCUUUUCGUUGUUGCCUUGUGGGGGACUUGGGGUGGACAGUGACACCGUUUGGAACGAGCUGCACUCGGCCGGGGCGGCACGCAUGGCGGUAGGCUGUGUCAUCGAGCUGGCGGCCCGCGUGGCCUCCCGGGAGCUGAAGAAUGGCUUUGCUGUUGUAAGGCCCCCAGGCCAUCAUGCUGAAGAAUCAACAGCCAUGGGAUUCUGCUUUUUUAAUUCGAUUGCAAUUACUGCCAAAUACUUGAGAGACAAGCUAAAUAUAGGGAAGAUAUUGAUUGUAGAUCUGGAUGUUCACCAUGGCAACGGUACCCAGCAGGCUUUUUAUGCUGACCCCAGCAUCCUGUAUGUUUCCCUCCAUCGCUAUGAUGAAGGCAACUUCUUUCCCGGCAGUGGAGCCCCAAAUGAGGUUGGAAGUGGCCCUGGUGAAGGGUACAACAUAAAUAUUGCUUGGACAGGUGGCUUGGAUCCUCCUAUGGGUGAUGUUGAGUAUCUCACAGCAUUCAGGACUGUGAUUAUGCCAGCUGCCAAUGAGUUUGAUCCAGAGAUUGUCCUGGUGUCAGCGGGAUUUGAUGCCGUGGAAGGCCACGACCCUCCACUGGGCGGGUACAAAGUCACAGCUAAAUGUUUUGGUCACCUAACCAAGCAAUUGCUGAAGCUAGCGGAUGGCCGUGUUGUGCUGGCACUGGAAGGAGGACAUGACCUUACUGCCAUCUGUGAUGCAUCCGAAGCCUGUAUAAACGCCCUUUUAGGAAAUGAGCUGGAGCCUCUCCCGGAAGAUAUUGUGCACCAAAUCCCCAAUAUGAAUGCAAUAGCUUCUUUAAAAAAGACCACUGAAAUUCAAAGCAAGUACUGGAAGUCAGUGGAGCCAUAUUCUGUGCCAGUGGAUUGUGCUCUGGCUGAGUCUCAGAAACAAGAGAGGGAGGAGACAGAAACGGUGUCUGCUAUGGCCUCUCUUUCAGUGGAUGUUGAGCAGUGUAUCCUUCAGGAAGGCAGCAGAGCUGCUGUCGAGCCCAUGGAAGAAGAGCCAGCCUUGUGAAGUGCCAAGUCCUCCCUGAUAUUUCCUGUGGGUGACAUCAUUGUGUAUCCCCCCAAAGCACCCUCAGACAUGUCUUGUCUGCUGCUUGGGUGGCACAGAUCAGAUGGAACGUAAACACUGGGCACAGAACUCUGAAUAGCAGCUUCACUUGUUCUUUGGAUGGACUUGAAAGGGCCCUAAUGAUUCCUUGAAUGUAACCGCUCACAAUUCUAGGGUUACAGUAAAACGGGCUUGGGAGAAAGAGCCUAGAGCAUGCUUUUUAUUCGCUGUUUGACCCUCUCACCAACAUAAGUUGUGAAAUAGAGAAUUACAAAAUUCUACAUGAUAGAUUGUAGAUACAGGAAUUGCAACAGCCAGCAAAAUACUCGGUAAACUCCAUGAAUCACUUUCUGACAAUUCUUACUGGGUAAUUUUUUUCAUACUGUGUUAAAUUGUUAAUAGAAUUUGUUUUCUUUGCUCUGUGUAGUGAAAAAGAAAAAAAAAACCUUAUUUUUCAUGCCAUUUUUUACACCCCUGCAAUGAGUUCACAGCUGAAUAAGUGAGAGGUGUGUAAAUUGCAGUGAAGGAUUUUAGCUAAAGAGAAAGCACUUCUUAUUGUACUAUGAAUCCCAUGAAAUACUGUGCUUUGUGGUGUUUUAUUUUCUUUUCCUUUUUCCUUGCCAUUCCUCUUUCCCCAUUUUGUGUAAUCUUUUCUAUCAUAAAAAAAUAUUCACAAAUAUUUUAAAAAAGCGAUCUGCUUUUUAAAAAAAGUGCUGUACACUCCUUAGUUGACAGUAGCACUCACCAGAUGUGCAGCAGAGAUCAAGUAAUCUCUGAAAAAUGGAUGGGUUUUCAAAUGUGUUUCCAGUUUGUUCUGAAAUGUUUCUGCGUUCUGACUCUAAGAGCAGUGAUAUUCAGUAACUACGUGCAGCUCAUUUGAAGCUCAGGUGUUUCUGUGGAGGUUGUGUUGGGGGUAUUUUUUACAAGUUGUCAUAUGAAAAUGAACUGAUUCUUUGUGUAGUCCUGCACCAAAAGAACUGAUGUUGCUUAAGAAGCUUCAAAGGAUUUAGACUUUAUUUUAGAUCCCUGAAGUGCAGCAAGAUCUCCCUGCAAUGUGACUUUGGCUGUUUAAUUCCGUGUUUGAGAACUUAACAUAGAGUUGUGCCUUUAGCUGAUAAUGAAUGCUUAAACUGUUACACGUGUUGCCUUACCGUCAGAAAAAGAGUUAGGGCAUGAAUGUAUUCAAAUAAGCAAAACUCUGCUACAGCAACUUUUAUUUUUUUUUUACAACUUUCUCACCUAAUGAACCCUGGGAGAUACCUUAAAGUAUUCAACUUGCAAUAUUUCAUAGCUCACUCAGCUUUUAAAAGCGAGUGAUGUUCAUUUUUACAUAUUUUCCAAAUUCGAAAGAUAUAUUAAAGCCAUAAGUGAAGACUGUCAUGCUUUUUACCCUAAAAUCUGAAAGGAACCUUAAUUAAAACAAGAUUUUGGGGAAGGCUAUGAUAUGAAAGAUAUGGAACAAUAUGGUUUCAGUUAUAGGCAGACUCAAACCUGUAAAUCAAAGAUGAAAGAUUUCACUCAAAUAGAAUUAUAUAAUUCUCUUUUGUUAGGCAGUCAGACUAUAUCUUUCAUGCAUUUGGGUUUGUUUAUGAUUAGCAUUUUAAUUUUAAAGACUUUUAUUACUUAUACAAGAGCUCUCUGCUACAAGUUAGAAAUCUGAGGCAUGCUUUGAAAAGGGAAAUCUAAAAGAGGAAUGUCAUUCCCUAUAAUGUGAAGUAAAUUUUUAUUCUGAAAGGCUUACUGCAAAAUGCGUGUAUGCCCCUAAGAAAGAGAAAUAAAAUUCUACUCCCUAUUUACAUGCCAAAAUCAUACUUAUUUUAGUAAUGCAAAGAGUGCCAGCAGGCUAGAUUCACUCCUGGUGUAAGCCACCUUGCCUGACUUUGAGCUGUUCUGGAGGGGUUGUUCACAUGGCUAAAGCAAUCAGACGUUCGUCCUGUAUUUUCAGCAGACUUUUGAUGACAAUCUUGCUUCCCAUUUAUUAUAAUUUUCUUGAGGUCAUCAGAGAAGUUUCCCUUUAAGGAAACUUAGGAACACAGCUGAUGAGUUGGGUAAUUUGUAGAGUUUUUUACAUUUUAAAAUAAGGGCUGCAAAACUUUAAUUGAGUACAUAGUAAGAUCAUUUUGAAACUAACCCCACAAAUCAAAAAUCUGCUUGUGUCCUUAGCUUGCAUGAAACUGAAUAUGAAUUGCAGUCUGAAAUGUGAAUUACAAACUUUACCAAUUAUAGUCUAUGUUCUGCGGUGGAAAUCAGCUAAAGCUGUCCUUUGUAGCUGGAAAUGCUUUUAAAAUGCCAAGAUAAUUUGAAUUAAACCACAUUAUAAGCUCACACUUAUGCAUCUGCACAGACAUACUCUCAGGCAGACAUCUAGACAUGCUAUUGGUUAGGUUAGGAUCAUUUGGAUAAGCAAAUGUGCAAAUAAACUGCACACAGAUUGUGUCCAGAACUCUGUUCUCACUGAAGUCAACAGCAAAAUCCUCUUUGAUUUCAAUGGGAGAUGGAUCAGCUCUGCCUUUUUUUUGUUUAGGUCCAGUACACCAUUACUUUCUGAUUAUGUCAUUACAAGGCACUGUACAGCCCUCUGGGAAAUGAUUGAGGCUUAUGGUGAAUAUCAACACUUCCUUCAAAGCAGACCUGGGCUUUCUGAGAGGGCAGUUUCACUUGCUGCUGUUUUCUUCUCUCAGUAUUUUUUAUUACCAUCAAUAGCUCCCCAUGGAUUACAGUUAAAAUAUCUCCCAGCAAUUUUAGACAUACUUCCAGGGAAAUAUUCACACAGACACUCUUAAAAAUGCCCAAUUUUAGCCGGAUUCGACAACAAAUUCCAGGAAUUUUAGAAAGAUGCAGGAAUUGCAUGUUUCUCUGUUUCUAAUGUUCAAAUGUAGAGGUUUAGGAGGUGUUUUUGAUGAGACGUCACAGUCUCAUGUCUCCCAUGGCCCUCAGCUUAGACGAGGGAGAUUGACGCCUCUGAAAAUUAAGCCCCAGAUAUUUCAAGCUGGCUGCCAAAAUAUCUACAUCUGAGCUUAGAUUACUUCUAAAAAUGAACUGAAGUGGAUAAAUGAGAUGGGGUAAACGGUAGUUCCUGUGAGUGAUUCCAUGAAGAAAGCAAAGCUGGUGAGGUGGCAGAGAGCCCAUAGAGCCAGGCUGACCCUCUGGCUGGAGCUGAUGGCACAGAGCCUGCAGGAAGGCAGAAGGACAUCCCACAGCACCAGCACGCCGGGCUGCCAUUGCUGCCGUUAGCAGCAAAUCCUUGCCUCACAGGGAAAGUGUGCAGGAAUUCAUAUUCUGCCUCUGAAUCAGCUUCACUAAGCCACCAACCUCCAGAAAAAGAGAUGUCUGAGCAGCAAGUACCGCUAACAUGCUUGCUCCAGUCCAUAUUCUUCCUUAGUAUUAUGGACUGAAUAUUAAGCUCAGUGGGGCUUUUCUUGUAUUCUUGUAUUCUUGUAUUUUUCUUGUAUUCUUAGGUCAUUAAAUGUUUUCCUUGUAUUCUUCGGUCCUUAAAUUCGUAGUAGAAACUGAAAACUAAGAAGUUAUAUGACUCAGAAUAUCAAUAAAAGAAUUAUUUUUAUCUAGCUUAAUGCUUUUAUCUGGGCCAGAAUGGAAACAAUGAUGAACAGUAAAUCAAAACUGCUAAAAUCUGAGAGUGUAGUGCAUUUCAUUUAUGAACUCUGUGUGCAGGAAUUCUCUGUGUGCUCAUUUGGCUUUAAUAUAAUCUGCAGCAAUGAAGUGCUUCAUUAUAUGAUCCUUUUUCAGGCAAAAUUCCUAGCAAGUAGUCGAAGUUCAUGGGAAUUUUGCCAGUGUAAAGACGACAGAAUUUGUCCCUUUUUAAAUUAUGUACCUUCCUAGUUUUACUUUCAGUGAAAAUGGAGUAACUAAUUCCGGGCAAGUGAAUCUGAGGAAAAUAAAAUCAUUAAGCUAUCUUAAAUAAACCUCAUAAAAGAAAAAGAAAAUAUAAAUAGCUGUCAUGUAGAUAAAGAUGACUGUUUCUUUACUUUGCAAAAAAAGUCAACAACGUGCAGCCAGCUGAAAGAAAGUAGCAAAGCAAAUCCCUCUGUAGAAUAUGUGGUAUUUGAAUUGGUGUCUUAUCUAAGUGCAGCCUCCCUAAAAAGCUGAGAGUCAUAACCGGAGAGGAAAUAUUAGAAAGGUUUUUCUGCAGCCAACACCAGAGGUCCUGUAGAGAACAAGAAUGUAGAGACUGACUAAUUUGUGUAGACAGACAGCAGGACACUUUCGGGGCAAUGUGUCUGGGAUGAAGAAUUAGAGGGAACUUUUCCAAAGGCACUAGUGGCUCUGAGGCAGCUAACUCCUAUUAGCUUGCAGGGGCAAGGAGGUGUCCAGUGAGCAUUUAUUCUUUGGAAAAUGCCCCCUCCAUCCCACGAGCAUACCACACGCAUGCAGUCAUGAACCUCACUGUACAGUUUUUUUGACCCAAGCAACAGCAGCCAGGUGUGCUGCCCUGACGCGUAUGCUGUGCAUUUCCGAAGAAGAUAUCAGCCCCCAGCUGACACUUUAUAACAUGACUGAUUGGGGAGGGUUUUGUCAUAUAUAUUUUUUUUUCCAAUAGUAGCCUUCCAGAAUUGUAGCAGUGUGCAGUUGUUUUAUUUUUAAAGGUCACGGUAGAACUUUGUGAGCCAUUGUACUUUUGGGGUUUUUUUACAGAGUCCAUAUGGAAAUAUGUACAUGGGGGAAACCUGGUGAGAAAGAAUUUCUCUUAAAUCAAGCUUCUGCUACCUGCUUUUCAUCCUGUAUUAGAGGAGUUUGGGUUCUUAACUAUCUUUUAAGCUUUUACAUUGUCAUGUCACUCGCUUUGGCUUUUUUUACAUAUAAUUGAAUUCACCCUUGUAGCAUAUAGGUAAACACCAAAAAAAAAGGAUGUCUUUUCUGACAGAUGCCCCUGCCCUUGCUGUGGGAAUGAAAAUAGCUUAUCUUUGUCACUUCUAGCAGCAAUUAAAUCCUUCUGUUCUGUGACAGACCCAAACUGGAGUGGUAUUUUAUAAGUAUGAUUUAGUUGGCUGUCUGCUGAUUGUUAAAAAAAGAAAUUGUGAAACUCACAUUCCUCUCUGACCUCAAAAGGGACCCAUUUUGAUUUUAACAAUGUAAUAUUUUCACUUGAUCCAAAAGGUUUUUGUCCCAUGACAUCUUGUUACUAGCUCAGUUUUAUUCUCUAGCAAAUAACACACCACAGAGAGCGAAGACCAAAAAGCACAUUCUUGCAACCAUUAAUUAUGUCUCUUCUGCACAAUCCUUCCUCCUGCUCUAGUGCCAUGCUCUGUCAUUCAGCAUAUUAGAAUAGUUUAUAGCAAAAUAUAAAUUGUUCUGCACCGUCAAAGGUACUGGUGUACAGAUGUUAAUUGGCACGCUGUGAGUUAGCCUGUGAUUUACAAGGAAGAUGGUCUAAAGGCAAGUGACGCAUGAAACCAGUAGCACUGAUACUGUGCUGAGACCUCCACAUAUGAUGCCCUUGCCUAUGGUACUCCUGCAUGGCCAGAGGCACAUUUGCAAUAGUGGAGCCAUGGGAUGCUCUAAUUCAAAGACCACUGAAAUCCUUUCUCUGACAGGCUUUGGGUAAGAUCUGAGAGGCAGCAAGAGAAGAAACCUUAACUUUGUGCUCAGCCACACACAAACUGCAAAAAGUACAGAUACAGAUGUGAACAUGGCCGCACAUCUCUGUGUCAGAUAUGAAGUGCCAGUUCUGCUUCUAGAAAAGUCUCUCUGAAAGAGCAUGGACAUCAGUGGAUAUAUUCUAUUGACUUCAGUGGGCUUCAGGAGGGUGUAUAUGUCAUAUGUCAUGAGAACAGGUUCUAACUCACGUCUCUUGCUGCUUAGUUUACUGCUGUUUUAAAUUUCUUGACUGGUUUAAUAUUCCAAGUUAGGAUGCAGUAGGAAAGCAUAAAGCAAUACCUGGUGAAGUCAUAAUUAAAGCUUUCAAAGCAAACUUAUUGCUGUGGGUUUUUAAAACACUGAUUUUUUUGGUCUAGAUAUGCACAGCUGAAACUACUUUUUUUUCUUGAGAAAUUGAUGUUGCUAUCUGUUUCUAUGAUAAAAAACAGUCCUUUUGCUCUGAGCACUAAAAGUUUAUCUGUAAUUUGUGUUUCCAGGAGGAUCAGAUUCUGAGGGAUAAAGCAUCAGUGGGCAAAUUUUAUGAAGGUCAAUAUUAAUAUUUCCAUAAUAGUGAAAGGAACCUGUGGAUUAUUGUCAUUAUUCCUGAUACAUUUUUGUAUCUGAAAGCAUCCAAUGAGUAAUGUUAAGUAAUAUUGUGCUCCAAAACUUUGUUGAUUAUAGAUAUACGAGCGUUGGAUUGACGUGAAAUAGUCUUAAACCAAGUUGUUAAAAUCUCUUUUGUUUUGUGUUUUGUAUAAUUCUUUGGCUAUAGUCUU